GGUGUGCGUGAUCGACAGGGGCGCAGCUCAAUAGGCGCCCGGCAGUCCCCCUCAGCUUUCCCACCCCUCUUCCAACCAUGGGCGGGGGUGGAACAAUGGGAGGAAAAGGAGAUGGAAGCAGGAAAAUGGCAGCGGCGGCUUUAGCGGCGUCUUCGGGCAGCGGCGGUUCGCGGCAGGGCGCGGCGUCCCCAGCCUGUUUCCCCGCGCUUCUCCUGCUUGCGGCUCUUUCGUCCCUGCUCCAGGUUUCAGCUGUGGAGGUAUACACGCCGACAGACUUUUCUGUGGAGAAUGGGACUGAGGCAAAGCUUCCAUGCACUUUUACUUCCACAGAAGUGAUCAGCAGUUCAGCUUCUGUUGCCUGGAGUUUCCAAGGCGAGGGAUCAUCAUCUCCUAUCUCGUUCUUCUAUUAUUCCAAUGGAAAAGCAUAUCCUGGAAAGAGUACACAAUUUGAUGACAGAAGCACCUGGGCUGGAGACCUUAACAGGAAAGAUGCAUCAAUCACUAUAGCAAACAUGCAAUUUCAGGACAAUGGAACCUAUAUCUGUGAUGUUAAAAACCCUCCAGAUAUAGUUGUUACACCAGGAAAAAUCAAAGUCAGGGUUAUGGAGAAAGGUAACUUGUCUGUAUUUUCUCUUACCCUUGUGUUAGGGGUAACCGGUGUUGGCAUUCUAGUUUUAGUUUUCGUCAUCAUGCUUAUUGUGUGUGUUAUGAUCAGAAAGAAGAAUUCCAAAAAGCAUUAUUCUGGCUGCAGUACCUCUGAGAGCUUGAUGUCUCCAGUUAAGCAGGCUCCACGGAAGUCCCCCUCCGAUACAGAGGUUUUGGUAAACAGCGGGCCCAUCCGAUCUCAUCAGGGACCAGUAAUUUAUGCACAAUUAGAUCACUCUGGAGGACAUUACAGCGACAGAAUCAACAAAUCAGAGUCUGUGGUCUAUGCUGAUAUUCGGAAAAAUUGAGGAGAUUACAACCUAUCCGAAGCUUAACAAAAGUUCAAACUGGAAUCGCUUGAAGAAAAUUGACCCAGAGAACUCAUAUGUGGCCUUUGAUGCCUAGGCUAAGACCAAUGCAUGUGCAUACAGAGAGAAAGAGAUUAUAUAUGAACUGUGUGUAAAUAGUCUAUUUAAUCAUACAGAAAUGAGAACAAUGUUGCAUGUUAAAAUAUGAUGAUAAUUCUGCUUAUAAAUGGCCAAUAGUUCAUUAUAUAUUUAGGAAAAGGGGAAAAAACAAACAUUCAUGUUACACCUUUAGACAAUUUGUCAAUUGUUAUAUGGAAAAACUGGAAAUACUUGGAUAUUCUAAUGGAAUUGGUACUUUUUAUGUUACUUUUGAAAUGGACACAAGAACUACUUCUGCAUGAUUUCUCUUAAUUAAUAUUUUUGCAUUUUUUUACAGAUCUAAUUUUUCAUAGAACGUAUGUCUUCUUCCACUCUAAUGUCCCCCUUUACUAGGAGAAGUAAUCUUUACCUGCUUUAGUUUCCAACAUAAUGGAAGGCAAAUUGUUCUCUUCAAGGAAUUUACAGGCAGUCUCUCAUAAACAAACUUUGAGACAGAUAAAAGUUUUAAUCAAGUAAUUUUUAUAGUGCAACUCUCAGCCUUCCUGGACAAAACGAAGUCAGCAGACACAAAGCACACCAAAAGGAGUAACUCAGGGUUGCAACGCUGGUUUAAUGCUGUCGUUAGCUCCGAGGAAACGGUGAGUUCGCAACGGUUCAGAGUUGGUGCUAUGAGCAUUUGCCUUGUAGCGCUUUUAUCAUGCCGCCUCACCCAGCCGCCACGCCUCCGUAGGCCGCCUGGGCUUCCAUCAGCUGUGUAGCGCCUCCCCUGCGCCGCCCCUUUGCCGUGUCAGCGGAGCAGUGAUGUCAGGGCCGCUUCUUCCAUUCGCCUAUGACGCUUCCGUCGAAUGUCCGGCUGUCUGUCUGCCGCGGAACACCCUUCAAUGCCUCGAUCGUCUGCCGUGUUGGCCAGCAGCAACAGCAAUCCCCAUCCCCCAUCACCGACGCACUCUGUGUCCCCGCGCUCGACCGCCUACACCCGGUACUACCACCACCAACCCCGUGAACAGACGCGCCUCUCAGGAUAGCAGGUCGCUCUGCUCUUUCCACCGCUCUUCCUUCCCAUCCCUGUGUUGUCAAACGAUGUGACGAGGUGGCUCCCCUUCACCAAGGGUCCUUCUGUGAGAUAUAAAGUAGACAAGUCAACAGCGGCCCCUGGUUUCAGUGGGUUCUUUCUAUGGAACCGUCUGAGAAGCCGGUUUGCGUUAACGUCCUCCACGGGCACCCAAGAAGCCUCUUCAUAUGGGUACCCUUUCCAUCUAACUAGAUAUCUCAACUUGCCUCUGUGGACUCAUCAGAAUUGCGUUCUUGCCUCCUCCAAUAUGUGCCGCCAUGUAAGGAGUGCCCAUUGAACAGUGAAUGCCUCCUUUUCCCAUAUGGCCCAUCUCCUCUCAGUAGGGGUAAAUUUUUUAGAGGUAUAUGCACAUGGUUGUAAUUGGCCUUGUUCGUUGGGUUGCAGUAGCACAGCCCCAAUGGCCACAUCACUCACAUCUGCUUGCAUUACAAAUGGCUUCUGUUGGUUAGGGUAUUGGAGUAUGGGAGCCCAGGCAAACUGGGCUUUCAACUCUUCGAAGGCCUUCUGACAAUCAGAGGUCCAUAUUAUACGUUGCCCUGGCCUUGCUUUUUCGUUACUCCCUCGUGUGCGUAGGAGAUUCGUAAGGGGUAAUGCUAUAAGGGCAAAUGCUGGGAUAAACUGCCUAUAAAAGUUAGCAAAUCCAAGGAAGCUCUGCAAUUGCUUCCUCGUCCCCGGGGCUUGCCACUCCAAUAUGGUGGUGACUUUAUUGGGAUCCAUUCCCAAUCCUUUUUCAGAUAUCCUAUAUCAGAGAUAAUCCAGUUCAGUGCGGUGGAAUUCGCAUUUCGACACUUUAAUAAAUAACUUGGCCUCUAGCAGUUUCUCUAACACCCGGCAUACCAGUUGUGUAUGUUCUUCCAUAGUGUUCAUAUAAAUGAGUAUAUCAUCGAGAUACACCAACACUCCCCAAUACAAAUAUUCAUGCAGGACCUCAUUAAUUAAUUGCAUAAAUACCGCUGGUGCACCCUGCAAACCGAAUGGCAUGACCUAGAAUUUAUAACUGCCGAGCGGAUAAUUAAAAAUGGUUUUCCACUGUAAUAUGCCUCCCAAUGCUUACUGCAUUCAGGCCACGAAAAUCAACACAGAGACGGAGACCUCCAUCCUUCUCCCGAAAAAGGACCAGAGCAGCCAUAUGCGAUCGACUAGGUUUAAUAAACCCUCUGGCCAGGUUCCUAUCUAUAUAUUUACGUAGUUCCUCUAAUUCUUUCGGGGUUAUCAAAUACAUACGGGGCUUCGGUAACUUAGCCCCAGAUACCAGCUCUAUGGCACAGUCUGUUACUCGAUGUAGUGGUAGUGAAUCACAUUCCACCUCACUAAACACGUCCGCCAAAUCCGCGUAUAUAUCUGGGACCUCCAGCACUAGAGGCUUACUAUCCAUUAAAGAGUUUGUUGACCAGCCAUCUUCUGCUCGUCCACACGGUUCUUUCGUAACUGGUUCAGGACUGAGCUCAAUGUGUAGUUUCCUGUAACCCCACUCCCACCAUAUCGUGGGUUUCCAUUUAUCCAACCAGGCCAAUCCUAGGAUGAUGGGUUCUAUCAUCACAUCCACCACCACAAACCGGAGAAACUCCCAGUGUUCUCCUAUUUUCAACCAUAUCAGUUCCGUAACAUGGGUAGCCGGUAUUCCACCCAAUAUUGACCCGUCCAUUUGUUCAAAUCUAAUGGGGUCCUUUAGUCUGACCAGGCUUAAGCCCAAUUCGACUGCCAGGGACUUCCUCAUCAGGCACCAGGUACAUCCGGAAUUAAUCAGUGCUCCCUGUCGUACUGCUGUGGCGUUGUGUAUGGCCUGAAGGGUGACCGGAAUUACAAAGGGGCGUAUAGGAGCACUUACCAUCGGGUCGUUGAUGUCCUCAUCGCUGUUUCCCACCACCAUGGGGAGAUCCCCAGGUCCCGCUGUACCCCCGGCCUCCUUGGCUGGUGUUCCGUUGUCUGAGUGCAAUGCUUGUGACACAACUCUAGAAUGCUCCGGGGUUGUUCGCGCCCGCUCUUGGCUCUUCCUGCCAGUCUCUGGAGUCGGACCUGUCGGUGGUUGUGUUGGAGGUAGGGGGCAGUCCAAGGCUCUAUGGCCGACUUGAUUGCACCUGAAACACCGGAAUGGUGGUCUCUGGGUGGUGUCCAAAGUCCCAGUAGUUGCAAUCGAUCUCCCUGAGUCUCUUGUUGAUGGGGGUCUGUCUGGAGCACGUCUCAUCUGGGUUGGUCCUGCUACACCUCUGAAACGGAAUUCUUUCAGGCCGACAUCCAGGUCUAUGGCUGCCCUAAACCACUCAGUAAGGCGGGGUGGCAGACUUCUAUAAAUGCAUGCUUGUCUCAAAUCACGGUCCAAGCCUAUGUGAAACUGGUGUACAAGCAUGCGUUCAGGCCAUGCCCACAAUCUCCCUGCUAUUUUCUGGAACUCCUUUGGCAGGUCUUCCUCUCUGUUUAAGAGACACCAGCUCUCCCUCAGCCAGUUGCGUUCUGGACUCAUCCUCAAAGAGAGCCCUAAGGCUCUCCAGAAACAUGCCGACAUCAGUCAAUUCCCGAGCAUGGUCACUAUAGAGGUCGUCUACCCAGUCUGCAGCUUCCCCCAUCAGUACAGUCAUGAUAGCGACCACCAUAGCCCAUUGGGACGGGUAGAACCAUCCAUACAGAUCCAUGUAACUAAUGACCUGGCUCAAGAAGAUAGCCACCCCGUCCGGACUCCCAUCAAAAGUCGCUUGUAAUGGUGGUGGUCCCCAAAUCGUCUGGGGAGGCCAUACUCCGGGGCCCCACACCGGGCUCUACCUGGCAAACCUGUGGUACGUAACACGGGCCCCAGGGGUUCCAUGGGUAUCAAAAUGAUGCCCUGGACCGGUGUGUCCGUCCCAUGAACCCUGAGUGGGAGCAGUACAGAGUCCCCGUUCAGCAGGCCCUAACCCAUCCUCCAGAGAUGGAAUGUGAGUGCCGGUGGAGGGAAGUUCCGCCUUCCUGGGUCUGCCGAGGGUAGGCUCUAAGUGUAACUUGGGGCUGGCUAAGCGAAACCGGGUGUCUGUCCCAGACGGUCCUGGCCAGGUAGAAGCUGGCUCCCCCCCCUGUCGCCCACGGCUGCCAUGAAGGCACAUCUCUGAAACUGGCCUCCCCGAACCUUUCUCUCAAUAUAUCCAGGGUGGUGGGUCCUGGCCCUGUUGAGCAACUCCACUCUCCAUCUUCCUCAUCUUCAACCCACCUCCUCUCCCUCCACCUUUGGAAACGCUCUCCUGAGGGACACAAAGCACACCGAAACGAGUAACUCAAGAGUUGCAAUGCUGGUUUAAUGCUGUCAUUAGCUCCGAGGAAACGGUGAGUUCGCAAUGGUUCAAAGUUGGCACUAUGAGCAUUUGCCUCGUAGUGCUUUUAUUAUGCCGCCCCACCCAGCUGCCGCGCCUCUGUCGGCUGCCCUGGGCUUCCAUCAGCUGUGUAUCGUCUCCCUUGCGCCACCCCUUUGCCGCGUCAGCGGAGCAGCGACGUCUGGGCCGCUUCUUCCAUUUGCCUCCGUCGAAUGUCCGGCUGGCCGUCUGCCGCGGAAUGCCCUUCAAUGCCUCGAUCAUCCGCCGCAUUGGCCAGCAGCAACAGCAAUCCCCGUCACCCAUGUCACCGAUGCACCCCAUGUCCCCGGGCCUUACUGCCUACACCGGUGCUACUACUACCAACCCCAUGAACAGACGUGCCGCUCAGGAUAGCAGGUCGCUCUGCUCUUUCCACCGCUCUUCCUUCCCAUCCCUGUGUUGUCGAGCGAUGUGACGGGCUCGACAGCAACAGUAACAAAUGUCUUGAAGUGUUUUUCUGGCUCUUUUCUGGUUUCGGCAACAAAGACGAAACACUGUUACCUCUUUGAGCAAAAUAGGGUGCUAAUUUUGAUGUGCCUUUCUAUAAUCUAUAAAUCUCUCUAUAGUGUACUUCUAAGAGUUACAAAAGGCUGGUUGAUGUUGCAGUUGCAAAAACAAAUGGUACAGUUUAAUCUUUUAUGGCAUUUCAUGGAAGAUAUACGUAUGUUAGGACAGUUUUACUGCCAUUAGUUCUUAAAUCUCAUUCAAAUUUACUUUGAAACUUAAAUAGCUGUAUGCUUCUUUACUGUGGAAGAAGUCUGUUCCACUCCUUUUAUCUUUAUGAUGUCAUUCCUAUCAACUCUGAAUCUGCUCUCCAUCCUUCUCUCUACCUCAGUGUUUCAGGUACACUGGUGCUAUUAUUGCUUUUUUCUGAAGUACUUUACAUGUCUACAAUAUCUGCUCAUAUGUUUGUUCAGCUUUAUACAUGAAAAAUAAGUUUAAGUAUUCUUUUAAAAAAUGGAGCUUUUUCAUUGAAUCAAGGGCUGGCAAGUAUUAAAUUGCUAGUCUGUGCAGCACACAAGAAGUGUUUUCUAUCUUUAACCAGUGCAGUUAGCUCUCCAUAUUUGUGGAGGUUAUGUGUGAACAUUUCAUGCAAAACUUUAAAUUGUCUGAAAAUUUGUCCAAAUAUCCCUAGAUUUAAACACUUGAGCAGCUAUUUAGAAUUAACCAAAAGAUAUUUAAAUCUGUUUUAAAUGUCUUAAGUGUGAUUUAGAAUAAUGAGUAACAUUUUUGAGCCAUAUUUAUGGAAACACUGUAUCAAAAUUAUAUUACAUACUUUAAUUAAGAACAAGGCAUUCAUCAGGGUAUUCACCACGGAAUUCGUUAUUCCUCAGUAAUGGAGCCUCAGUGAGUGGACAAGAAACAGUUGGCUGAUGCUGAGAUUUCUGUUUUACGGGGGGGAAUGAGGAGGUUUAGAUGUUAAUGUAGAAGUUGUCUUUUCAGGAAUAUUGUAAUGAGAAGCUUUGCUUCUUUUGUUUGAACUCAUUGAACUUUGCUGUGAAUGGUGCUAAAAUAUUCCUUGAUCUUCAUUACAUAAACCAUAUUGUCAUCAUAUUUUUAGAAGUCCAAAGACCUCAGAUUUAUCAUGAUACUGUUGUUUACUGUCAGUUAAAUUUCUAUGUUCAUAUCCCCUACAAAAAAAUUACAUUUGAAGAUGAAGAAAUCUAAUUUUUGAACAAAAAGUUGAAUCCUAAACAAUACUUCAGGUGAACAAACUGAACAAUUAAAUUCGAAUUUAUUCAGAAAAAAUCAUAAAAGGUAAAAUCAAUCCCAAUUGUUAACAUAAAAUUCAAUGGCAUCUUUGUUUCUUUCAUCAGGCAUUUAGACUUGUCCUGAUGCAUCAUUUUUUCAAGUAAUUAUACUCUGUCUUGUAACUAGCUCAAUUUAUACUACAGUUUCCUUUCUCUUAGUAUAUUUUGGUAGAAGUAGUAAUUCAGUCAUCAAUAUACAAGCCUAAAACCCAAGUCUUAAUAGAUUACAAAAUCAUGUAACUGUCCAAAACACUUAAUUGUUUCUAUUUGUGAAUGCUGAGAGUUGCACUUUUCAUGUAUUGAAUUCAGAUUCCAAACUAAGGUACAAAAAUCUCUCAACUUAUGUAUGAGCAGUGUUUUUGUGGUGCUGUACUUUUCUAUAAAAGACAAAUGACUUCUGGUUGUGAAAGUUAACUUCCCAAACCUUAGAUGUUCUAAGAUUUCCUGUCACUAGGUAAAUCCAUGCCAUGCAACACUGAGCCCUUUUUUACCUUGUUUCUGCACUUUUUAAAAACUGGAAUUUUUUUAUUGUACAAGUCUUCUUUCUUCUCCAUAUUCUCAUAAGCAGCUUUAUAUUGUACUCUUGUGAAUAUUUUAAUAAACUUUUUUCAUUA